CUCUCUCAAACUCUCGCUCCGAGUUAGUUUCAUGGCUCCCUUGUUAACCGCCGCUGUGCACUCUGGGAAAGCACAGGACAGGAAGGCAUUCUUCUUGGAUAUGCGUCCCGCAGGAGCCGUAACGGAGAUAUCGAAAAGAAUUAGCGGAGAGAAAAAUACGGUCGUUUUUGUUGAAGAGGAAUCGCAGAUGGCGUUGAAGAUAUUUGGCUGGAACGAGCCGUCUGAGUAAAAGAAAUCCGGCUCCGACGACGAUCGGUAUCUCAAACGGACGUGUUUACGUUUCGGACGCUAUAGGACGUGCGGAAAAACGUGCGGAAGAUGUCACAGAGCUAAAGACAGUCGCGUGAGGCGUGUGGAAACUUUACUAUAAAGCUGGAAAAGCUAAAUUCUCUCUCUCUCUCUUUCAAUCGCUCCAUCUCUCUCUCUCUCUCUCACACACACACACACACACACACACACAAACCUUGACCCUGUAUGGAAAACUCUCGAAAAGCACCCAGUCUUUAUUUAAAGCCGAGCGAUUACAUGAGCGUGGGAGUGGGAGAACAGGCGAACAGGAGAGGAGAGGCGAUAAAGUGAAGCAGGAAGAGAAAAGCAAAGGGAGGAGACAGACGCCUCCUUUCUCAACAAGUCAUCCUUGGGAACAGACGACAACAAACAAAAAGAGUGAGAGCGUGCGUUAGAGGAAGAGUGGAGAAAAAUAAUCUCUGGCUUUGAGAUAAGCGAGGCUUUGAGGCGCGCGGCAGCAGAUAAGGCCCUUCUUACUGUACUCGUCUGUUUGGGGAAGUGAUUCGUUCUCAGCUUUCUCUCAGGGUUUUGUCUUUUUUUUUUUUUUUUCAUCCUCACUUCACUUUCUUACGGGAAAGACGUCGGUGUUUUUACGCGGCCUCUCGGCUAUCACCUCCGAUUCAGCGCGCACAAUGACUGCUCUAUUUAAUACAAAGAGCUCCGGAUCGACGGAGAUGAAAAGAAGAAAGGAGGCGGCGGAUGAGCAACGAGGGAACUGGAGGAGAGGAGAGGAGAGCAGAGCAGAGCAGGGAAGAGAAUAGGAGAGAAGUGAGGAGAAGAGAACAGCAAAGAAGAGAAGAGAAGAAAGAAGAAAAGGAGAGAAGAGAGACAAAGAGAAGAGAAGAGAGAAAAGGAAGAGAAAACAAGAGAAAAGAAGAGAGGAGAGAAAAAGAGAAGAGACACAGAAGAAGAGAAGAGAAGUGAGGAGAAGAGAACAGAAAAGAAGUGAAGACAGAAAAAGAAGAGAAAAGGAGAGAAGAAAAGAGAGAAAAAGAAAAAGAGAAAAGAAAACAGAACACACACACGCACGCACACACACACACACACACACACACACACACACACACACUGAUAGGAUGGUGCAGUGUAAUGUAACUGUAUCUAGGUUGUGGCAUUUACUAAUUGCAGGGCAGUCCAUGGUGCUUACCGGUCUAGCUGAUGUAAACUGAUCUCUCUCUCUCUCUCUCUCUCUCUCUCUCUCUCUCUCUCUUUCUGUCUGUCUCUCUUUCUGUCUGUCUGUCUGUCUCGCUCUCUCUCUUUCUGUCUGUCUCUCUCUUUCUGUCUGUAUGUCUGUCUGUCUCUCUCUUUCUGUCUGUCUGUCUGUCUCUCUCUCUCCGUCUGUCUCUCUGUUUCUGUCUCUCUCUGUCUGUCUGUCUGUCUGUCUCUUUCUGUCUGUCUGUCUCUCUCUUUCUGUCUGUCUGUCUGUCUCGCUUUCUCUCUUUUUGUCUGCCUGUCUCUCUUUGUCUGUCUGUCUGUCUGUCUCUCUCUUUCUGUCUGUCUCUCUUUCUGUCUGUCUGUCUCUCUCUUUCUGUCUGUCUGUCUCGCUCUGUCUGUCUGUCUCAUUCUGUCUGUCUCUCUUUCUGUCUGUCUCUCUCUUUCUGUCUGUCUCUCUCUUUCUGUCUGUCUCACUCUCUCUCUCUGUCUGUCUGUCUCUCUCUCUGUCUCUCUUUUUCUGUCUUUUCCUGAGACAGACAGACAGACAGACAAAGAGAUAAAAAGAACUCUAUCUCUUUUUCUGUCUGUCUGUCUGUCUCUCUCUCAUUCUCUGUUUUCAGGCCAGUAAAAGAGCAGCCAUUGUUCAAGGCUUGAGGAAGCUGUAUCCUCAAUGACCUGCCCAUGGGUCUGUACGUGAGUGAGUGUGUGUGUGAGUGUGUGUGUGUAAUCCACUUCCUCUGGGCUAUUUGAUGGCAGACAUAUAAACCCUCUCGGUGUCACACUAGCCUGAUUUUGUGGCCGUGUGUGUGUGUGUGUGUGUGUGUGUGUUUGUGUAUAUGUGUGUGGUCAUGCUCAGUUUAUGUUAUUGUGGAGGAAAUGUCUAGUGUGGGUUCUGCUUCUUAAGGCUGUGGCCACAGUGAGACACACACACACACACACACACACACACACACACACACGGGAUAUUGGGAUACAUGAAUAGUGAUGCGCUGUAUGAAGGAUACAUUUGACCUUGCGUUCACACUAUCUGUGACAAGUUGUUGGUGGGCGUGGUGUAGCGAGUGCCACUGUUGCCUCCUGUGGGCGUGGUGUAGCGAGUGCCACUGUUGCCUCCUGUGGGCGUGGUGUAGCGAGCGCUACUGCUGUGGGUGUGGUGUAGCGAGUGCUACUGUUGCCUCCUGUGGGCGUGGUGUAGCGAGCGCUACUGCUGUGGGCGUGGUGUAGCGAGCGCUACUGCUGUGGGCGUGGUGUAGCGAGUGCUACUGUUGCCUCCUGUGGGCGUGGUGUAGCGAGCGCUACUGCUGUGGGCGUGGUGUAGCGAGUGCCACUGUUGCCUCCUGUGGGCGUGGUGUAGCGAGCGCUACUGCUGUGGGCGUGGUGUAGCGAGCGCUACUGCUGUGGGCGUGGUGUAGCGAGCGCUAUUUUUGUGGGCGUGUACCGAUGACAAAUGGUAGUAACCGAAAUGUAGAGCCUACCGCACAAUUUACUACAGCAUACAACUUUCUUUUGUUUAGAAUGCAUUUAAAACGUAAACUUCGUUUAAGCCUCGUACAAGCUACGAUCUCUGCUACGUCCUUCCAAGCGUCGCUUUCCCUCGUCUCUAUGAAACCGUGGUUACGGGCUGACAGGAGUUUUGGUACACGGUGCAUUUUGAGAUGCCUUUCUGCUCACCACGUUUGUACAGGCUGGUUAUUUCAGUCACCGCAGGCUUUAAGUCUUCCACUUUACCUACAUCUUCCUAAAGGUUCAGUCGGACCUAUACGUGAUAAGACGCACACGACUACACCGGCUACAUAUACACAAAAACAGACAUAUAGUCUGAGACGCUGUUACGGACUAAACACUCUCACUCUUUUUCUCUCUUUCUCUUUCUUUCUCUCUCUCCCUCCCUCUCUCUCUCUCUCUCGCUCUCUCUGAUUGGGUCUGUAUUUUUCUCAGGUCUAAUCACGGCUCCAGUUCCCAGACCCCACUGUACGAGCCUGACAAAAAUGAGGAUGAAAGAAAAAAAAGAAGGAUAAUAAAAACUAAAGAGAGAUAUGGAGGGAGGAGACAGUUUCAUGGCAUUCCUUUACCUAAAAUGCUCUCUGACCAUCUCUCUCCCCCUCUCUCUCUCUCCCUCCCUUUCUCUCUCUCUCCCCCUCUCUCUACCUCUCUCUCUCCCUCCCUUUCUCUCUUUCUCUCUCUCCCCCUCUCUUUCUCUCCCUCUCUCUCCCUCCCUUUCUCUCUCACCCUCUCUCCCUCUCCCUCCCUCUCUCCCCCUCUCUCUCUUUCUCUCCCUCUCUCCCCCUCUCUCGGUGGGUGUAUAUUUUUUCGGUUUGAAGGAGAAAAAUGAAAGCAUCUGUCUGACGCCAGUGAACUGCCAGACCACAGAAUUCUCCCAACACUCCCAAAUCUCACACUCUUUCAUUUCCCUUCAUUUAUCACCCACGAUACACAUGAUACACACACACACACACACACACCGAGUAUGACUCUUUCCCACACACCUCUUCUUCUUCUACUUAUUUUGUCACUCUCUCUCUCUCUCUCUCUCUCUCUCACACACACACAAACUCUGAAAUGGUCUUAGUGUAUAGAAGUUGCAUAACGACUCCAAAUCUCCAUCAGGGCAACCUAAACGCUGUUCUAACUCAAUUUAAUUUCAUUAGGCAGCACACACACACACACACACACACACACACAAGGACAAGGAUGCACACACAAGACCGUACACUCGUACAAACAACCAGCGAGUCUUGCGGUGGAGCCAUAAUCAUUAAGGCAGAUUGUAGAGAUUGAAGAAAGACUAACAUUGGGUACUUUGGCACCGGGCAGGUCCCCACACUCACACUCACACACACACACACACACACACGACUUGCAUCUGAUACAGUAUGUGUGUUUAGAGAUCUGUGUUCAAUUACCCCAACCGCAUAUUUACACACAGAAACAGAGCGUCUCGUCAUCGUGCUCUUCAUCCAGGCUUUUUAAGAUGAAAGGAUACAUGAAGAUUUAAAACAGACGCUCACGUACGCACAUACGAGACGAUAACACGCCGGACACGUGUAUUUUCGACGUUUCAAAAGUAACGAGACGAAACAAACCACCGUCUGGAUAGAGAUGCCUCCAAACUGUGGUUUCCCUAACCUCUUCAUCUUCAUCUUCAUCUUCUCACAGACCCUGGUCCUUUUAACCGCACGCAAGGCCUUAUUUACGCCGGAUGAGUCUGGCGCCGCGUCAUUACAGAUGCCGCGGUUCGGGAAACGUGCGGAAUCAUUUUGACAGGGUCUGAGAGUUUCCGCUUCCUGACCGACGGGAGCCGAUCUCCUGCUGAUGUAGCCUCAAAUUUGUUCAUUCCGAGUUGCUUUUCUCCUCAGCGCGGUUGUAACGAGUGGUUAUGUGCGUUACAGGAGUGUUACUGUUUCGUAGAAGCGCAGAAGCAGGACAGUGGAACGACAGUUUUGACCGUUUGAGUUACAGCUUUUGGGGGGGGCGGGGACAGGGGGACGACAUGGACGCCUCCGUGUUCAGCAUUUGUGCGCGACGAGCUAAAUAUUGACCUCCUGAAAUCAGUGAAGCGUACAGUCAGUGCUAUAGAUCUACCACGUGAGUAAGUCUGUAUUGUGUCUGAUCUAAAUCUAACACGUGCACUAAUAUACACUGUAAUGAAUUUAAACGUGAGACGUGCUUCUGUGUUUACUGCCGAUGCUGUGAGCAGGUCACGUUGAUCUCGCGUCACUCGCUGAACUCAGGGGCUGAGGGGGUUUGUUCUUUGAAUUUUCCCAGUCGAGUUAUGUCGAAUGCAGCGUGGGUUGCAGCGUAAAGAAGGUUCCCGAUGUGUUUCAUCACCAGGAGAAAUUCUGUUUUUUUGUCCUUAUAAGCUAAUCAAUAUCAGCUAGCUAACUUUUGCUAACGUUAGCCGUAUGGGCUGCUGAGAGAAACGCCCCGGUUGCAGCUAGCUAGCUAACACAGCUACAAGGUUCGUGUGACGGGUUGCUUGUGGAGGACGUGCCGGUCUGUGAGUGCAGCCGAGGAUCAGUGAAAAUAAAAAGAAACACUUCUUAAUGAAGCAGUCGGUCCUGUAUUCGCUGCACGAGAUGGCUGCCGUUACACGGUGUGAUGGCACGUGACAUGCAAGGAUACACACAGAAAGGAGAGGAGUAGAGGAUUAAAUGGAGAACAGGUUCUGUAUAACAAUGUGUGACCACCAGCGAGCAGCUACACACACACACACACACACACACACACUGAGCGGAGUGUGGAAAUGACCGUGCUGACCUGACUCGACUAUUUGUGUGAUCCCCCUAUUAAACUUGAACCAGAGACAACAGCUGUGUGUGUGUGUGUGUGUGUGUGCGUGUGUGAUGUGCAUGAUGGAUGGAUGGAAGGUGUGAGAAAAACAUCUAUAUUGCGCUUGCGUGAAGCAGUACGAAAAGACCCCCCCCACACACACACACACACAGCUGCGAUGCCUCACAGUUUCCAUAACCUUUGACCUUUGGCGUGCUGCGGUUAAGCUUGAGGGAGAAGCCUGACCUCAUGCUGCUCCCCACACACACAGCUUUCUUAAUCUUUGACCCACGGCACGUGUCAGCCUUUCAUCAAGAAACACAAACAGAGAGAGAGAGAGAGAGAGAGAGAGAGAGAGAGAGAGAAAGAGAGAGAGAGUACCCUACCACUUCGCAAAUCACAUGUCUAAUAUCUAAUUAAAUAUGACUUAACCGCAGUUUUCAUCAUCACCUACAUCAGCAAAAACCCUGUCGAGUGGAGCACUGAUCACAAAUAAGAUGAUGAAGGAAUAAAUACUCAUUCGUUCAUUAAUGUUGCAUUUUUGUGUUGGUCAUGUGACAAUUCUCAACUAUUAAUUAAGCCAUUUAUGGGUCUUACAGAAGACUAAUUAUAAUUACUCAACAUGAUUAGACAAAAUUCCGUACUUGUUUUCCCAAUCUGACCCGUACAUACUUCUCUUUUAAUUAGGAACAAAAAUGUUCUUUGGGGUUUGUUUUUUAACAAAUGUAAAAUGCUUUUUAUUUAUUUAUUUAUUUAUUUCCAUUUUUACUACUGCCAUAGGUCAAUCUAAUCCACACACACACACACACACCGUUCCCUCUAAGCUCUGCACUAUCUCCGACAUGCCAGACGAUUCCUGCGCUGUUAGAGCGCCCACUUGGUUCUCAUGCCGCUAGCUUUCUACGUUAGAUGUGAACCUAGCAAGCCAUGCUAACCGUUUAACACCUCCGACGAUCGCCCGUCAAAUCUUCUUAGCGUGAUGUGAUACGUUUGGUUUUUUUUCAAUCCUUUUUAUUUAGCUCAGAUGGCAGAAGGGUCCUAAUAGAAAUAUGCUUUCCAUAACUGUAGGAAACAUAUCAUACACGUGGGUUGUAUGGCCCAAAAGAACCCAUUUGAAAAGAAAGAAAGAAAGAAAAAAAAACUCAGCAGUUUUGUCUUGCAUGUGGGGCUCAUUCUAAAGUCUUCUGGAGACUGGGAAUGUGACAUGUAGCAAAACCCCGUCUGGUGGCCUCUGUGCUUUUGCUUGCUCAGGAGUUUUUACAAUAGGAGGCAUGUGCUCGUUGGGUUUGGUCAGGUAUAAAUGGCAGAGGUUAAACCGAUGUCCAGUGUCAGUUCACCACCAGGCAAGUGCUGGGACACACACACUCGCAUCGUCAACAUGGGCAGAGUUAUCUUCUACGAGGACAGGAACUUCCAGGGCCGCUCCUAUGAGUGCAGCGGUGAUUGCUCCGAUAUGUCCACCUACCUGAGCCGCUGCCACUCGUGCAGGGUGGAGAGCGGCUGCUGGAUGGCGUACGAUCGUCCCAACUACAUGGGCAACCAGUACUUCAUGAGAAGAGGAGAGUACGCUGACUACAUGAACAUGUGGGGCUGGGGCAACAACUGCAUCAGAUCCUGUCGUAUGAUCCCCAUGCACCGAGGAGCUUACAGGAUGAGGCUCUACGAGAGGGACAACUUCAUGGGUCAGAUGAAUGAGGUGAUGGAUGACUGCGAUUCCGUCAGCGACCGCUACCACUGGUCAUCCAACGGCUGCAUGUCCUGCCACGUGAUGGACGGCCACUGGCUCAUGUACGAGCAUCCUCACUACAAAGGCAGGAUGUGGUACUUCGGCCCCGGAGAGUACCGCAACUUCAGGGACUACGGUGGCAUGAGGUUCAUGAGCAUGAGGCGCAUCAUGGACUCCUGGUAUUAAGCUAACGUGAAUGAUCGAUUUUUUUUUUCAAUAAAAACGUACCAUGAAUCUGAAA